GAGAGCGCGAGCUCAUACCCUGCCUGGUCUCUUCGUCUCUCCGGUAUCAGAGCCGCCGUCGUUUGAAGCCCUUGCUUGAAGGCAUUUCGCCGCUCCAACGGCCGUGAAGCUGCUGGGCGGAGCUGUCCUUUAAAACACAACGUUUAGCACAAAACAACCGCAAACUGUUUGAAUUCUCUUUUCCCUCCAAGAGCUGAGCAAUAAGGAGAAGAAACGAGAGAGACAUGGCAACGACAACCUGUACGCGAUUCACAGACGAGUACCAGCUGUACGAGGAGCUGGGGAAGGGAGCCUUUUCGGUGGUGCGCAGAUGUGUGAAGCUGUGUACGGGACAGGAGUAUGCUGCCAAAAUAAUCAACACCAAAAAGUUAUCUGCGAGAGAUCACCAGAAGCUGGAGCGAGAGGCUCGAAUUUGUCGCCUGCUGAAACACCCCAACAUUGUUCGUCUUCAUGACAGUAUAUCAGAGGAGGGCUUCCACUACCUCCUGUUUGACUUGGUGACCGGAGGUGAACUGUUUGAGGACAUCGUGGCCAGAGAGUAUUACAGUGAGGCAGAUGCCAGUCAUUGCAUCCAGCAGAUCCUGGAGGCAGUGCUUCACUGCCAUCAAAUGGGCGUGGUGCACCGGGACCUGAAGCCAGAAAACCUGCUCCUGGCAAGCAAAUGUAAGAACGCUGCCGUGAAGCUUGCUGACUUUGGCCUGGCCAUCGAGGUGCAGGGGGAUCAGCAGGCCUGGUUUGGAUUUGCUGGCACACCAGGGUACCUGUCACCUGAGGUACUGAGGAAGGAGGCAUAUGGCAAACCUGUUGACAUCUGGGCCUGCGGGGUGAUCCUCUAUAUCCUGCUGGUGGGUUACCCUCCUUUCUGGGAUGAGGACCAGCACAAGCUGUACCAGCAGAUCAAGGCUGGGGCUUACGAUUUUCCUUCCCCGGAAUGGGACACAGUCACCCCAGAGGCCAAAAACCUGAUCAACCAGAUGCUCACUAUCAACCCAGCCAAGAGGAUCACUGCUCAGGAGGCCCUCAAGCAUCCAUGGGUCUGCCAACGAUCCACAGUGGCAUCCAUGAUGCACAGACAGGAGACCGUGGAGUGCUUGAAGAAAUUCAAUGCCAGAAGGAAACUCAAGGGGGCCAUUCUUACUACAAUGCUGGUUUCUCGAAACUUCUCUGUGGGCAGCAGGCAGACCACCGCUCCAGCCUCUGUCACUGCAGCCGCAGCAGCAGUUGCUGCAGCCGCCGGCACCACCGCUGGGCUGGUGGAACAAGCAGCUAAGACUUUGCUCAACAAAAAGGCAGACGUUAAGAAACGCAAGUCCAGCUCUACUGUUCAGUAUAUGCCCCAGACAAACAGCACCAAAAACAGCAUAGUCACCAGCCCCAAAGGAAACAUCCCUUCACCUGCUCUGGAACCUCAGACAACUGUCAUCCAUAAUCCAGUAGACGGAACAAAGGAGUCAUCAGACAGUAGCAACACCACUGUGGAGGACGAGGAUGUUAAAGGGAAGAGCUUAGACAACAGCUCGCUUAAGGCGCAGUCCAGCACAAGCUCCCAGCCUGAUAGCUCACAAGGCUCCUCAUCGGCUGUGUUUUCCGCUGCAAAGUUUUCUGACCUGCUGGGCUCAGUGCGCAGGGGCUCAGGGCCUGCAGCCGAAACUGAAGGGAGAUCUGUCACACCACCUCCCGCUGUGCGCUCAGCCCCCUCCCCUCCACACACCCCUGCUGUCCCAAUGCAGAUGUCACGGCUCACAGACCUAGUAAGCAGUGUCCGCAGGGUGCCGGCACCUCCUGUACCUGAGAGUGACGCUGCACCGGUGCAGGUACCUAGCGCCAGGCAGCCUCCACCUGCACAAACCACUUCCCCACCUCCCCCUCACUCCCCCUCCAGCCCCUCCCUCUCUUCUGCCCAGACACGCAAACAAGAAAUCAUCAAGAUCACCGAGCAGCUGAUAGAGGCGAUCAACAAUGGAGACUUUGAGGCAUACGCUAAGAUUUGUGAUCCUGGACUGACUUCGUUUGAGCCUGAGGCGCUGGGAAACCUCGUAGAGGGGAUGGACUUUCACAGAUUUUACUUUGAGAACCUUUUGGCUAAGAACAACAAACCCAUUCACACCACCAUCCUGAACCCUCACGUCCACCUGAUCGGCGAGGACGCGGCCUGCAUCGCUUACAUCCGCUUGACUCAGUUUGUAGACGGCCAGGGUCGACCGCGGUCCAGCCAGUCGGAGGAAACACGCGUGUGGCACCGUAGAGACAGCAAGUGGCAGAACAUCCACUUCCACUGUUCAGGCGCGCCUGCUGCGCCGCUCCAGUGAGGUCCAGAUGACCACUCACUGAAAGGGAUGAAUGCCAUAGUUUUGUCAGUGAGGAGAGAAAGAGGAAGAAGAAGAAGAAGAGGAGGAGGAGGUGGUGGUGGUGGAGGAGGAGAAAGGGGUGAAAGAACAAGUCCACUGUCAGUUUCAGGGGCUCCUCGCCCUUCUUCAACAAACCCUCCCUCCACAGAUGCCCAGCUUCCACCUCCACCUCCAGAAUGCGUCUCUUCUUCUUCUAUUACUACUACUGCCCCCUGUCCUUCACCUUGUGACAGCCGUCAGACAGCAGCAUCCGUCUCUUCUCUCCAGCUUCCUCUUCUCCCCUGCAGCACACUGGGUGAAUGAUUGGUGGAGGUGGAGGUUUUUUUCUCCACACUUGUGUGAUUCCCUCUUCCUGUGGUCUCUCCCUCAUCCACACACUAUUUGUGGCACCGACCAUCUUGUCCUCAUGUGAAUCCACACUCGUGUGACAUAAACACUGCACUGGAAAUACAUAAUGUAAAGUUUUAAGUAAAAUCUAUUAUCAUUAUCAUUAUUAUUAUUACGAUUAUUAUUAUUACUAUAUUAUUGUUAUUAUAUUAUUAUAGUUAUAUAGUUACAACACAUUUGAAAGUGCAUUUGUAAUUUGUAUAAUUCAUAAUUCUUGAUGCCAGUGGUUUUUAGAGUCGAAGGAAAUCUUUUGUCUGUUUGUUUGUUUUUCUCUAUCUUUUUAAGGAAGCAUGUUUUUCCCAGUAUUAACAGUGGCUGUUUUUAUUGUGGCUAUUAAGUGGAAAAUGAUAUUGGCAGUUUUUGGUUUUUUUGUAAUUUGUAUGUUAGCUAUAAUACUGCGCCCUAACUCAUGGUCAUUUUGUCUGUUAAUUUGUUUUUUGGAGGAUUAUUUCCUAUUUUCCUUUUCUUUUUUGUCCUUUUUUUGGAAAGGGUGUGUCUGAUGGGUGUCAUGUGAAGGUCAAGAGUGAAUCCAUGUGUGUGUGUGAGUGAGUGGCUGUGGUUUGGUAAAGCAUGUUCUGAUCCAGAAAACACUGACUCUGCAAAGUUGGAGGAACUUGGGAACUUUUCCCGUGUUGCAAUGUGAAAAGUCUGUCGAGGGGUCGAGCUUAGUUCAGUGUCUUUCUGACUGACAAUAAGAGUUUCACCAUGUUUGCGUUUCCAUCUCCGUGUACAGUAUAAGACUGAAGCAGUACUGUAAACAUGACUGAAAGGAAAAACACGUUCUCCUUUCAUUGUUUUGCUGCACCCAUAAGAAAAAAAGUUACAAUUUAUUCAUACAUCAUCACAAAAUACCAAUUUAUUUUCGUGUAUGACCGCAGAUCUUGUGUUUUCUUAAUUGACAAAGCAAACAUGCAACCCAAAGAGGAAAUAUUAUGGCCAAGGGCCACUGCAGCAUAGAUUAUCUGCUGGUAUAAAGUAAAAUGAGGAUUAUUUGUAGGCCUGGACCAGUUAUACACAUUCAAAGUUAUAUUUUCAAAUAACAGAAGUUUAAAGGAAAGAGUCUCAUUUUAGGUGGAAACGUAAUUUCUGGUACAUCAUGUGUGUAUUGCAUUGUCAUUGUAUCUAUCUACUAAAAGGCUAAAGAAUGGUAAAACUCCGUAGCAGACGAGAAAAGGACUUUGACAAUCAAAAUGUUUCAUAUUAUUUUCUAACACACCAACUUGUGACUAAAUGAGAGGCUGCAUGUCACGAUUAGAUAAAUGUAAAAUGUGUGGCACAGCACAGUAACACAAAGGUUCCUUCUUUUGGUGGCAGCGACUGUGUUAUGUUUCCAUACUUCCUAGAACUCACUGUCCUCUGAACCCACACUCUGUUGUACAAGAGUGAGUCACAGAAAUGUCAGUGAGCAGCAGUUCACCGUUGCCUCCCUGUUUCUACCGGGAGCUGUUUUUUGUUGUUUUUCUGGCUUGGUGGUGCAAUAAAGAUGCUCAGUGAGGGAGGGGAACACACUGCUGGUGACUCCUGCUGUUGACAGCUUGAAGCACAGGCUUGAAGCUCAGCACACUUUUUCUUUUUUUUUCUUUUCAAAAGUUGGUGUAUUUUUAACUCGCUAAACACUUGGUGCUGUCUGGAACACAGAAGCGGGUGCUGUUUUUGCUGAAAAUGUCAAAAAGGGAAAGGUGGCGCUCUAAAGAAAAGGUUCCCAGUGGAGGUCUGACCUUUCUUACUUCCAAAGCCAUAUAAUGCAGAAAACUCCUGCUGCUGCCUGUUGAUUCUUAUGAAGCACUCACACUUUGGUCUGAAUCAGUGAUGAGGAUUGACAGAUUUCCCCCCCGUCUUACCAUGAGUUCACAUGUAUCUGCAGGUGUCACACACACACACACACAUAACAGCUCCGCUCUUCUGGCUCCUCAUUUCAGCACAGUCCUUUGCCACCAGCUUGUGUAACAUCUGUGUGAGUGUGUGCAUGUGCACUGCAUCCAUUGCUCUGGAUGUGUAUUUUUUUUCUUUAGAUUUUGCAAGGUUGAUGUUGAUGAUGUGACCGAGGGCGAAGGCUUUAUUUUGCAGGACAUAUCAGUCUGCUGCCUUCAGCCCAGGAUGCCUUUUUGUCUCAUGAUUUGAUUUUAGUUUUUUCAUGUUUUUACUUUUGUGAUUUGUGUGACAGUAGUAUCAGCUUUUCGUAUGAUAUGAAGUGCUUGUGCCAGGUGUGGCAGGAUGAUACACACGGACUUUGCAGCAAUUACAAACUUUUUUUUUUGUCGGAGUGUGACUUUGCGAUCAGCUCCACUGUUACUUUGCUCGUCCACUAAUGGCUGCCUUUCGCGUGUGUCUCGUCCCAUAUUGGUCAGACCAAGAUAUCAAAGAGACCGGACAGUCGGUUUGGUGAAUAGUCCUCAGGUUUCUAUUUAUUUUGAAUAUUUAUUUAUUUAUUUUAGUGGAUAUUUAUAUUGUGCUUUAUUUGUUAGUGGGUUUUUUUCUCAUUGUACAGCUUGUGUGCACGUGUGCACGUAUUGUCUGCUAUUCUUGGGACACUGCUCCAUCAUAUAAAGGGAUAGUACACCCAAGUUGCAUCCUGCAUGUUUUGUUUUUUUUCUGUAACGACCAACAUGGUGUGAAUUUCUUUUACUUUUUCUUGCCUUUGUUCUCUCUGCAACAUUAGAUUUACGCUGACUUUGACAUUUUAACAGUUUUAUGGUGUCUCUUUUUUCUUCUUCAUGUAUACUUUGAACACUUGUGUGAACUUUCCCUCUCAAAAUCUUCACUGAGGCCGUGCAGUGUUUCUUUUCAAAUGUUUUUUUUUUUAAACAAUGUUCAUGUUCAUGUGUUCACUUGCUAAACACACACCCUACUCCAAAAAAGAGAAGACAUAGCAGCAUGCACAGUACAAACAUUUUGUUCUUCUGUUCUCCUGUGUGUGUUCACUUAACCAUGAGUUUAAAAAGAGUCACACAUUGAAAAAGUGAGAGUAAACAGUGUUACACAACUGCAAAUAAUUCUUUGCAGCAUAGCUGGCAUUUUCUCUGCAUGACAGUCAACAGCGCUCUUUGUAGUUGUUCUUUUGUUGUUGUUUUCCUGUUCAUUUGGUUUCACAUUUUCUACUGAAUGCUGGUAUACUCUACCUUACUCUAUCUAUUUUCUCAGCUUUUUAAGUGCAUAUAACUAUUUUUGUCUCGAGAUGACAUAAUGAAGAGAAUUAUAUUAAUGACUGUGGCACUAAGGAUGAUGAUGGUGAUGAUGAUUAUUUUGCAUGUUAUUCUACGGGGCUCUGUGUUGUCAGUGCAGGAUGGCUGCCGUUCGUACACAUAAAUGAGAGAAUACUACAAGCACAUGAGAACCACCGGCAUCAGUGAUAGCGACUGCAUGAGCCUGUGCUGUGUGUCACUUGGAGAACCGUCACUCUCAUUAGAGGCUAAAACACAGCAGCUCACAAUAUUGAGCUCCAGCAGGGGGCGCAAUCACACAACAAAAAGCACAAGCAGAUGUAGCUGCACUAUAUGUUUAUUUUAGUGACAACUGGAGUCUGACCACGCAGGCAGAAACAACAGCAGCAGUUUAGUAGUGUAGAGUACGAACCAGCUUCCAUUGUGAUUAUUGAUCGGGGCUGUACAAUUAUGACUGACAUGGUACCAGUACCACUGAUCCACCUACAUAUAAACUACACUAACUGUCCUUUAGUGCUUAGAGGUCAUCUUCUUUCUCCAGCCAGUGACUAAGUUGCACUGACAACACGUUUGUUUCUUUGGUGUCUUGCACUCUUUCCUCCAGUCUCUCCCUUUUGAACCUCUUGUUUUUUCUGCAGCUGACUCUUUCUAUUUACAAUCUGUCUCUUAUUUGUGUCAGUUUGAGUUUCUUCUGUAUAAUGAUAAUAUUAAUCUCUGAUUCUUCUGAUUAUUGCUUACGUGCUAAACGUGUUAAGGUGUUAUCAAUAAAAUUACAGUUUAAAUAGAAAAAAAA